UGUUCAGAUUAGCUCGUUGAUGUAAUGUGUGUUGUAACUGUAUACAUUCGAGCGCGGCGUUAACGUUUGUUACCGUUUAACUGAGCGAAAUGUCUUUUGCACUUUCGUUAAUGGAAGGCUUAACGCCUGAGAUGGAAAGAACAUCAGAAAGGGAACUUGGUGAGACUCCUUCAGUAAAAAAGGAAUCUCUGGAUAAAAUCAAAAAACUCAUAGAACAAGAACCCGACUUCCAUCCUUUCUUGGAUGAUAAAUUCCUCUUAAUGUUUUUGCGAUGCAAAAAAUACGAUGUUCAGAGAGCUUUCAAGACAUUACAGAAUUUUUACCUCUUCAAAGAAAAGUACUCACGGGUUUUUACAGAUUUUUUACCAUCGGAGCUCAAAGGCACUAUGGAUAAGAACUGCUACACCAAUAUGCCGCUGAGAGACAGCUAUGGUAGAACUAUUAUUAUUUUCCGCAUAGAUCUUUCCCAUAGCAGGCAGAAGGCUGAUGGGACGGUAACUAUUGACAUUCUUAGGAUUUUUGCCAGGUUUGAGAAUAAAGAUGACAAUAGAAUGUUUCCAUUGUUGUGGGAAAAACAAAUUUCUAUCGAAGAAUUAUUUGCUGCCACUAUGACACUAGGCAUAUUUGUUAAUCGAAUUGAAGCGUCUUCGGUGUGCGGAUGUGCUAUAAUAUUCGACUUCACAGGCUUUUCUUUAGAGCAAAUUUUUAAAUUUGCAUCACCAAAAUUUGUCACUUUCAUGUUUAACAGCAUACAGGACUGUUUGCCUUACCGAAUAAGGAGCAUGCACGUGGUUAAUGAACCAGCACUUUUCAGCAUCUUCUAUAACAUUGUAAAAUUUGCUAUACCAAGCAAACUCAAGGACAGAAUAUUUGUGCAUGGAAAAAACUUGGAGGAACUUCAAAAGCAUUUUCCUCCAGAAAUACUUCCAGAAGAACUAGGAGGAACAACAGGGCCGAUGGACAGCUCAGAAUUCUACAACUAUGCUCUCAACCAUGAAUCUCUCAUUGAAGAGAUGAUUAAAUGUCAGUUUCAAAGGAAAGCAUCAUGAAAGUCUGAAUGAUAAACUGAUAAAAUUAUAGUUCUACCAGAUUUAAUUUAUUCUAAGAAAUUAUCUCAUUUUUUUAGCAUGCAAGAACUGAAGUCAUCAAGACCAUGUAAUCCCAUGAUGAGCAGAAGUUUUUAUUAUUUCAACAGACUUCACUGUUUGGAAACAAAAAGAAAAUACUUUUUAAUGCUCAAAAGACAACAAUUAUUUGAAAAAUCACUUUUAAUCUAAAGCAUGGGAACAAGAUUAAGUACUUUAUUCCAAAACUGAAAAAUAUUUUAGUACAUUGUAAAGGGACAUACCUAAUUAAAGUUUAUUAUAGUUAAUAAAUAAAAACUUUUUAUUUAUUUUAUUGUGUUUGAUGCCUAACUUUCAAUCCUUUUGGGUCAAAAGCAUUGUUUUGUGAUAUUUGGUGGAUUUGGCUCAAUUUGACAUUACAGCUGUGCAUCAACUUGGCAAAUCAUUGCUCUUAUUAUUGCGGAUGGGCCAUUAGUGACACCAAACAAAAUUUGGAAAAAUUAGCGAGUAAUCAGGAAUAAGAAAACCAAUUUUGUAUGUGUCAGUCUCCCUUAAGCGAAUGCUACGAAAUGCAGAUUUUAUUAUAUUUUUAUAUUCGAACAGUAGUGUUUGCCUGUGGUGUGUAAAAGUGAUCAAAACAAAGAUGUUUCAAACUGCUGAAACAAGUUGCUGAAACAAAGAUGUUUCAAACUAAAAUUUAUUCUGGCUGUUUUAAAUUUCAGUUUGAGCUGGGUAAGAAUGUAAGGCUUAUGUUUGUGUUUUGUAUUACAAGGAUUAAAAAAAGAAAUACCAAAUGUGUGCAACAAGGGUAGUUUGCGGUUGUUGCUGUGAAUAAAAAAAUAAAUGUUA